CUACAUGCAUCUCUGUGUUGUUCUUGGUGAUUCCGCCUUGUGAAUUACUAGCUAAUGUAAUUACCAGGGCCAGUUUUGCUGUUGUAUGAAGCAAUGCGUUGCAAGUAAACUUAUCAUCUGUGGGGACUUUUCCUGGUUUUUGGGUCUGUUGGUAUCUUCCUCUGCUGUAUGGGCAUUCUAAGGAGUAUAGAUAAUGGGCUGUGUGCAAUGCAAGGAUAAAGAAGCUGCAAAACUAACAGAUGAGAGGGACAACAGUUUAACCCAGAGCAUAAGUCAUCGGUAUGGACCCGAUCCAACACCACAACAUUUUCCAGCUUUUGGUGUAACAGCCAUUCCAAACUACAAUAACUUUCAUGCAUCAGCAGGGCAGGGAUUGACAGUGUUUGGUGGAGUAGAUUCCUCUUCUCACACAGGGACAUUACGGACCCGAGGAGGGACAGGAGUAACCCUUUUUGUGGCACUUUAUGAUUAUGAAGCCAGAACUGAGGAUGACCUUAGUUUUUUGAAAGGUGAAAAGUUCCAGAUACUCAACAGCACUGAAGGUGAUUGGUGGGAGGCCCGCUCCUUGACAACAGGAGGAAAUGGUUACAUUCCCAGCAAUUAUGUGGCUCCGGUGGAUUCCAUCCAAGCAGAAGAGUGGUACUUUGGUAAACUUGGCCGUAAGGAUGCAGAGAGACAACUCUUAUCCCUGGGGAACCCAAGAGGUACUUUCCUUAUCCGUGAAAGUGAAACCACCAAAGGUGCCUAUUCUCUGUCUAUACGGGACUGGGAUGAUACUAAAGGAGAUCAUGUUAAACACUAUAAAAUCCGCAAAUUGGACAGUGGUGGGUAUUACAUUACAACACGGGCCCAGUUUGACACACUUCAACAGCUAGUUCAACAUUAUUCAGAUCGAGCUGCAGGUCUUUGUUGUCGCUUGAUUGUACCCUGCCAUAAAGGGAUGCCAAGGCUUGCUGAUCUGUCUGUCAAAACCAAAGAUGUUUGGGAAAUUCCCCGACAUUCCCUGCAGUUGAUCAAAAGGCUGGGAAAUGGGCAGUUUGGGGAAGUCUGGAUGGGUACAUGGAAUGGGACCACUAAAGUAGCUGUAAAGACAUUGAAGCCUGGCACAAUGUCCCCAGAAUCCUUCCUGGAAGAAGCCCAGAUUAUGAAGAAGUUGAGGCAUGACAAGUUGGUACAGUUAUAUGCUGUCGUUUCAGAAGAGCCGAUCUACAUUGUCACAGAGUACAUGAGUAAAGGUAAGUACAUUUGCCAUAUGAAUAUUAUGUUACGUUUGUAUGCAUUAUUGAUAGAAAUAAUAGAAAUCAACCUUUGUGAGAGAGUCUUAAUAACCUAG